CAUGGAGUAUAAAAGGAAAUUGGAUUUUUCUUGAAAAUGUUUACGAAAAACGAAAAAGUAGAGUCAUGCCGCGUGUUACAACGUAAACCGAUAGUAUAGAGAACUAGUUGAUACGUGAACUUUUACAAGAGCAGCCUCUUACUCCUAUACCGUCGGAAAGCAAGAGAGAGAAUGCUUUCUAGCCGUCUCUCGUUGUCAUUGUCGAUAACUGAGAGCAAUGUGAAGUAAAAGAGCAUGGCUUUCUUUGUUUGGAGAACUUUGAGAGUCUUCUAGAGCACGCGUUUUUGCUACUGUCUAGCAAGAACACCUUGCCUAGCCUUUCUUCAACUGCAUGCCUUCAAGUGUUGAUGAUGUUAUGUAAUCCGCGGGAAUAGCGCACUUGUUUAUACUACAAUAACAUAGUGCAUCGACGAACGGAAAGCUCGUUUAAGGACGACGAGUGCUGUUCGUUAUUUUGAAUAAGAUUAGCUAGAGAGAAAACCCAAUAACAUAACCGGGGAAGGUUGGAAAUAGCCGCGGAAGUUCCUAGGGAAGAAUUAGCCACUUCACAUGUUUGGAGAAGGGAUCCGUUUCCUAACUACACAAACAACAAGAAUCAGAUUGGAAGCAUUUUCAGUCUGCUAAAUCCCUAAGGAAAUAUAUAUGCGUGGAGAAACCCAGAAUGACUGAAGACGGAUUGACAAAGCUUAACCUGGAGGCAUUUUUAGGAAUGUCUGGGAACACCCAGGAGCUGUUGGAUUCGCUCGGUCUUUCAGCCAUUCCGGACUUAUCCAACUUGGGAACUUUAAAUAAUAAUAAUAAUUCUCCUUUGUCCUUUGAUCCAAAUGAUCCAUCUGCGGCUGCAUUCUACAUAGCUCAACAGGUAGCUGCCAUUGAGCAUCCACCUCCUCCGAGGAAGAUGACUUCCUCGGAAAAAACGCGUUCUGAGAAUCGUGAACGGAAAAAGCGUUGGAGGGAACAAAAUGAAGAGCGUAACAAAGACAAUGAUUUGCGUUGUCGUGUUAAUAAAAAAGCCAAAAAGCUUUUUGGCGGCGAGCCGAGUAUCGAAAAAACGAAUUGGAUCGAGGCUGAAUUCAACCGCCGUCAUUCAAAGCGUAAAGAGAAAGAGCGCGCAUCGGCUCAAAACAAUACGAGCAAUGGAGUCUCUCGUUCCAACUCCCAAGGUCUUUUACCGGAUUUAGAUUUGUUGGCUACCAAUUCUUCCGCCAAUGCCGUUCUUCAAGGGUCCGCUAUUAACAAUGCGCUCAGUGCUUUGGCAAAAGACCCCAAUCUUAUCCAUAAUCUUUUAACCCAAAUGGACUUUGAUCCAUCCAAGAAAAAUGAUUUAAGUCUUGGUUCUUUAAAUGAUGUAGUUCCAAAUUCUCAAAUUUCUCAGCCAGAACAUGAGUUAUCUGCUCUUCAGGAGCAUAAUGAGGCACAUGAUGCCGCUAUGCGUCAGUUUGAACUUGAACGCCAACAAAGUGCCAUCCUACCCGGUUUGAAUUCUAUUGAUGGUUUACAAACUUUGCCUAAUCUCGAUUUUACCGACCCAAGUGUCACAGGUGUACAAGGUCAACCGCAAGCUCCUUUGCAUCCUUUGAUUUCCCAAGCCGACAAUCAUUCCAUUUUUUCUGCUCUUUCCGAUAAUUCUACUCCUACCAGCAUCGCAGACCCUAGCUCCGACUUCAAUAUCUCCCAGGUAAUGCCUCUUGAUCUUCUUGCGCCCUCCAUCCAUGCUUCAACGGUAUCAUCGCCAGUUUCUGAAGCGCACCUUAACUUCCCUCCAGCAGAUCUUUCUCAUCCCAGUCUUUCUAAUCAUGAUUCUUCUUUGCCUAUGCGUCCGAGAUCCCAAGCUCGUGAUAAACAUCGUGCAUUCCCAUAUUAUAGCAAACGACAGGCCGUUACAACACCAUCGUCGCCGUAUCAUACGAAUGCCACUACUUCUCCACAACUAUCUCCUGUCGAUUUUUCCUCACAUACACUUAGCCGACCACAAUCUCCCCCCUCUUUUCCUUCGUUUGGUGAAGUUACUUUACCACCCAUUCCUAAAACCGACGCUUCAGCAGACAUAACUCCUCCUCAGUCAGCUUCUAGCUCAUCAGCGUCGGAAAAAUCUCAUGCUCUUGGUUUUCCUCCACUACCUGGUCAAAAAAUUGAGUUUCAACGGUCCUCAAAAACUAAUAAACAAAGGGAAAUGAAUUAAUAUUAAGCUUUCUAAGCUACAUUCCGUUAUUCGUUUGUGUAUAAACUUAAUGAUGAUUUGGGAUAUAUGGAUGAUAUGCUACCAUACCAAUCCUGCGUUUGUGUGUAAGGUUACAAUUGGGAACCAUUGGAAGUGUUGAAUUUGGAGUGUAUUAUUUGUUUGAAUAGAAACUCCUUGCUUUUGUUAUAUUCUCUAAUUGGACAUUCUGUUGAGGUUAUAUUCUUUGCUAUUCGGAAGUCUAAAAGGCAUUCAACUCAACUGAAUUUAAGGAAGAGCCCAAAACAGCUGUUGCUUAUGCUUUGCAUUUGCUUUCUAGUCAUUGCCAAUUUUGGUUGCUUAUGUGUGUUUUCUUGUUCUUAUGUUUUUUGGGGGUUUAUCGGAAAGCAAACAGGUUGAAUUUGACUAAUAAAAAGUAUUGGAUUGGUCACAAAGUGAUGGAAACUGAGGCUGUUGAAAGAGGUUUGGGUUCAUUCUAAAUUCUUCUCUUUCGUGACGCUGUUCGUUAUAUUAUCUUUUGUUUACUGUUUUGUUAAAGGACUAUUUCUAAAAUGUGCAAAUUGAAUUCUCUCUUGCCACUAUUACUUUAAAUGUAAUGUUUUUAGUUUGAUUUUUUUAAGGAGUUAUAUUACACAGGAAGUCUUCCAUUUUCUUAAUACUUCGUUGGUGUGAUAAGCUGAUGGUUAAUGCUUUUUACAAUGGAAGACUAAUAAUAAAAAUUUUAUCAUUGGUGUUAUUUUAUUUCUUUUGUUUUCG